AUGGAUAUCCUUUCGGAACAAUUGUUUACAGCGAUCGAGGAGCGAGAUGCCGCUCGAGUUGUGCAACUGUUGGAUGAUGGAGCGCCGAUGAAUUUCGAAUUGUUCGCCAAAGCGACCCGAGAGAAACAUCUGACAAAUCCUAGCUACGCUCUCGACGACCUAGAAAUGGCAACACGGUUCCUAAACCACGGCGCUGACCCGAAUAAACGAUGUCGGAUGCGAGAUGUGACUGUUCUGUCGUAUGCGAUCUUCGAGGCUUCUUUUGGAACACUUGAACUCCUCUUUGCGUAUGGAGGAUCGACUGAACAUGGCCAGCUCCUGCACUACGCUUCUAUGCGACGUGAUUCGAACGGAGCGACUAUCCUACAAUACCUAUACAGCAAGAAUCCGCGUAUCAUGGAUCGUGUAAAUCACUUUCUUGAUGAAGGCUAUCCGGAAUUCGCGACGAACUAUCGAUUCUGA